UCCUCGCAGCCGGAGUUGCCAAUUGCGAUUUCCCUUGCAUUCCACCAAUAUUUCCAAAAAGAUGGCUUUCCUAGAGUAUCAGAUAUGAUUUUCCAAAGCUGACCUCCUCCUGUUGCAAUCCAACAUCUACACAUUCAACUUACCAUCCCCAUUACACAAAAUGCCUACCUACCUUGUCCACGGUUUCCGUUGGCACAGAUCUAAUAUUCGCAUUCAUAUAAUUUUGAAUGAUAUCGAGGAUGCAAGUCCAGAAUGGUUAAUGGCACCUCGCACCUCGAAUGCCCUCCUCAAUUCUUUUUACACACAAUUCGAUUUCCUUCCACCAAGCUAUCCAGGCCCCAUAGACCUCUCAGCCGAAUCAACUCCCAGUCAUCUACCCCCAAAAUCUCCCUCAAGAACUCUUACCAAGAAAAGCGAUCAAUCCCCAGCCUCAUUGAAAUCGCCUUCUUCAAAUGAUAAGCCGAGCUUAACGUUAAAGAAGAUUACCACGCAUCGACGAAACAUUAGUAAUUCUGAAUCGGAAGCUUUACACAGUAGAUCUGCAUCCGGAUCUACCAAUCCGAAUUCGAGUGGGCCACAGGCUAAAGAGAUGGAAAAAUCACUUCGGUUUAAUCAAUGGAGUGUGGUUAAAUUACUCGAACAAUAUGAUCCGGAUGAUUUGAAGACAGCCAGUCAACCGUGGGCUUAUGUAUCAGAUUAUAUAGUUGAAGUCGGAUUGGGAGUCAGUAUAUCCGAAGAAGUGAAGAAGUAUAAAGAAAAGCUUACGGAAGAAGAAAUUGUUCCCUCUGCUGCUGAAGAAUUAGGAAUGAGUGCAGGAGAGAUCAGGAGGAAAAAUAAAAGAGCAGGUUGGUUUGAUAGAUUGAGGCAAAAUUUGGAGAUGGAUGAGGAAAUGGGUUGGUUUGUGGUUGUCUGUGGGGAUGAGGAAAGAUGGGCUCCCCCUAUGGAUUUGUCCGAUGGAAUGCAGAGUGCCGCGAGUGAAAUUGGGGAGUCGCCGGUAAAAUCGCCUAAGAGUCCAGGAUUCAGAAAGUUUUUUAGGAGAAGGACAGUACCGGCAUCGGAGACUGGUGGUACGGGAACUAAUGGCUUGGAUGGAAGAGGUUUUAGUCGGGGUGGUGAUAGUACUUAAGGACCGGUUAGAGAUACUAAUCCUAAGUCGUGAAGUGUCGGUAGGUAUUGUAUCCUUUUUUAGUACAGCUGCAUGGUAUCAAGGAGCAAUAGGAGUAAUACCCUGGGUUGGAAGUAAUUAUUUUAUAUUG